AGGGCGCAGGAGCGCACGAGGCGGCUUCGUUCCGGGGCGGUCUCGUGUUGUUUUUUGCUGCAGCUUCCGUUACACGCAGCGCGGAGAGGAGGCAGCCAUGUCGCUGUACGAUGACCUCGGUGUCGGUGCCAGCGACACCAAAACCGAAGGCUGGUCCAAGAACUUCAAGCUGCUGCAGUCGCAGUUGAAAGUGAAAAAGGCGGCUCUGACCCAGGCGAAGACGCAGCGAGUGAAGCAGACCACUGUCCUGGCACCGGUCAUUGAUCUGAAGAGGGGGGGCUCCAUCGAUGAACGACAGAGUACAGACACCCCUCCACACGCUGGACUCAUGGACGCGGUUCCCAGUGCUUUCUCCGCCGGCGACGUGCUGAUCCCGCUUGCAGACGAGUACGACCCCAUGUUUCCCAACGACUACGAGAAGGUGAUGAAGCGCCACCGAGAGGAGCGCCAGCGCCAGAGGGAGCAGGAGCGCCAGAAGGAGAUCGAGGAGCGGGAGAAGAGGAGGAAAGACCGGCACGACGGCGGAGCGCCAAGCGGUUUCUCUCGUUUCCCCGCUGCAGAGGAAGACUCUGAUGAGGACGAAGAGUAUGAGCGGGAGCGAAGGAAACGAAGUAUGGGCGGAGCCGCCAUCGCGCCCCCUUCGUCGCUGGUUGACAGAGACGGCUCCUCUUCCUUCUCAUAUGAAGAUGAAGGUCGGCCCUCCAGAGGCCCUAAAGUGGCCAUCCCUCCCCCGAUGUACGAGGACUCGGACCGGCCCCGCUCCCCGCCGGGACCCACCAGCUCUUUCCUGGCAAACAUGGGAGGUACGGUGGCCCAUAAGAUCAUGCAGAAGUAUGGCUUCAAAGAAGGCCAAGGCCUGGGGAAGCACGAGCAGGGCCUGAGCACGGCUCUGUCCGUGGAGAAGACCAGCAAGAGGGGCGGGAAGAUCAUCAUAGGCGACGCUGCAGAGAAACCGGGCUCCAGCCAGGCGGGUGCAGCAGAAAUACCAGGCGGGGGCGCUGCAGCGGAUGCCUCCAAAAAGUCUGAGUCGAAUCCGCUCACGGAGAUCCUGAAGAAUCCCACCAAAGUGGUCCUGCUACGGAACAUGGUGGGCCGAGGGGAGGUGGACGAAGACCUGGAAGGAGAGACGAAGGAGGAGUGCGAGAAAUACGGCAAAGUGGUGAAAUGUGUCAUAUUUGAGAUCGCAGAGGUUCCCGACGACGAGGCGGUCCGGAUCUUCCUAGAGUUCGAGAGGGUGGAGUCCGCCAUCAAAGCCGUGGUGGAUCUGAACGGCCGUUAUUUUGGCGGGAGGGUCGUCAAAGCCUGCUUCUACAACCUGGACAAGUUCCGGGUUUUGGAUCUGGGAGAACAGGUCUGACGUGGUCCUGCGAUCGGCGCCGGCGUCAACCAUCAUCAUCCUCCUCCUCCUCGUUCAUCGACUUGUACAUAAAUUUGUUUUUGUUUUUUUUUAUAUUUCCUGAACAGCGUCUCUGUGGUCAGAACUGUAAAAUGUAGUUGUUGUUUUUUUCCCUGUCAUUUGACAAAUAUGUCAAAAUAAAAGCUUUAAAGCCGUUUA